GUGGACUGCACGUCAAAGCUGUUAGUUGUGAAUGGUGGCUAACGUGUCAUGCUAACGUCUUUGGGCUCUUUGAUAUUCCGUAUUUUGACACGUCGACCUGCAGGAAGGAUAUUUAAGGAUAUAUAACAAGGACCGACAUAGACGCCAUAUUUCUAGGGUUUACAGUGUGAUGAAUAUCUGAGGAAGUGUGUGUGUGUGUGUGUGUGUGUGUGUGUGUGUGUGUGUGUGUGUGUGUGUGUGUGUGUGUGUGUGAGACAGAGUGAGUGCUUGGGGCGAUGGGUGCCAACACCAGCCAGGUGAGUGACCUGUCGGAGAGUCCGAGCAUCCGCACUCUGAUUGGUCCAGAACCCAUUACGGAGAACGAGCCCUUCUGGAACCAGCUCAUCUCAUUCACCUUCACCAGUCCAUCCUGCAGUGCUGAUGCUAAGCUCCUGGAGGAGGCCGUCAUCCCCCUCGCUAAAACUUUAAUCAAGAACAAUCCUAGAUCAGGGAACUUUGGCGCGUUGGUGAGAGUGUUCCUGGGUAGAACCAAAGAGCUGAAGAUCUCCACUGAGUGUCAGGAUCAGCUGUUCAUCUGGCAGGCCCAUAAUGCUCUGUUCCUGCUGCGCUGCCUGCUCAAAGUCUUCAUCAGGGAGAUGAAUGAAGAGGAGCUGCACUUACAGUUUACCUACCACACGAGGGCGCCAGGAUCCUGCGACACAAGCAGCGAGGAGCUGAUGGAGGAACUGAUCUGUAACUUGGUGCAUCUCAUCGUGGAGGUGCCUCUGCUAGACAUCACUUACAACAUUCUGUUCGAGGCGGUGACCACCCUGCUGGUUCUGUUGUCCUAUCAGCUGUUCCACAAGGACAUCCUGAGGGAGGGGCGUGUUUAUCGGUGCCUCACCAGGGGGCGAUGCCUUUCUCUGACUAGUCGCUUGGUGAAGACUCUGCUGUAUAACUUCGUGCGGCAAGAGAAAUGUCCUCCACCUGCAGCGCAUAUCUUCCAGCCACAGGCAGACGGAGGAGGUCUUCUGUACGGCCUGGCCUCAGGGGUAGCCAGUGGAUUAUGGAGCGUGUUUACUUUGGGCGGAGCCAGCAGCAAACCCGGGGCGGAGCAGGAACACAAUCCGUUACCACUGUCCAAUCAGAGCCUGUUAUUACUGCUGGUCCUGGCCAAUCUGACAGACGGCCCCGACUGGCCCAACCCUUACAGACAAGCCAUCACCUGCUUCAAAAAGAACCAAGAUACGUCCUCGAUUCCAUCUCCUCAGCCUCACAUGUUUCAGAUCAACUUUAACAGCCUGUACACGGGGCUGUGUGAGCAGCAGAAGUCAGACCAGGUGACGCUCCUCCUCUACACUCUGCUGCACCAGAACUCCAACAUGAAGACCUACAUGCUCUCCAGAACCGACAUGGAGAACCUGGUGAUACCAAUUCUGGAGAUUCUUUAUCAUGUGGAGGAGAGAAACUCCCACCAUGUUUACAUGGCCCUCAUCAUCCUCCUCAUCCUCACCGAGGAUGACACAUUCAACCGCUCUAUACACGAAGUGAUGCUGAAGAACAUAAGCUGGUACACAGAGCGAGCUUUAACAGAGAUUUCUCUCGGCAGUCUGUUAAUCCUCGUGGUGAUUCGCACCAUCCAGUUCAACAUGACGCGCACCAGGGAUAAGUAUCUACACACUAACUGCCUAGCAGCUCUGGCCAACAUGUCUGCCCAAUUCCGCUGCCUCCACCAGUAUGCUGCUCAGCGCAUCAUCAGUCUGUUUGCACUGCUGUCUAAGAAGCACAAUAAGGUGUUGGAGCGAGCCACACAGUCUCUACAGAGGACACUGGGAGCAGAUGGCACGGCGCUGCCCGACUACGCACAGGACCUCAGUGUGAUCGAGGAGGUGAUCCGCAUGCUGCUGGAGAUCAUAAACUCCUGUCUGUGUAACUCGCUGCAUCACAACCCCAACCUUGUGUAUGGACUUCUCUACAAGAGGGAACUUUUCGAACAGUUUCGCUCACAUCCUUCCUUCCAGGACAUCAUGCAGAACCUAGAUACGGUUAUCGGAUUCUUCAGUCAGAGGUUGGAGCAGGCAGGAAGCGACCUGUCUGUAGAAAGAGUCCAAGAGGUCAUCAAGAAAGGAGCCGUCGCCCUGCCUCAAGACCGCCUGAAGAAGUUUCCGGAGCUAAAAUUCAAGUACGUGGAGGAAGACCAGCCCGAGGAUUUCUUCAUCCCUUACGUGUGGUCCUUGGUCUUUAACUCUGCAGUAGGUCUGUACUGGAACUCUCAGGGCAUUGAGCUUUUCAGCAUGGACUCAGCCUGAGAGAACGUUUGGUGAGUGUGUGUGUGUGUGUGUGUGUGUGCGCGUGAGCGUGUGUGUGUCUGGACGUUCCGCUUGACUGUCAGCUCGAAAAAGGCUUCGGAAAGUUUCUCGCAGCUUGAAGGUCUAAGGUGAGAAUCGGACAUGCACUCGUGACUUACCGGAUCACUUCCUCGUCAUCGGACUCCCGGGCUUCCGUCAUCUCCAGCGUCUUCUCUCAUCAGCAACGAGACGCCGAGGACACGUCAAUCAAAACACCGCACACUUACUGAACAAAGAGUCACCUGGGCGGGGAUGGGGGCGGGGCUGGGGGCGGGAUCGCACUAAAUUCUGGGAUCGGUACAUUUCUGCUGUGAAGCGAGCAUUCAUUACCGCUUCCGAAGCUUUUUUUUUUUGGGCCCUGAUUAUAAUGUGACGUUCGCUGUUUGUUUUUCAGUAGGUCAUGUAGGAAAGGUCAGGACUGAGAUAGAAUAAAGAACAUAUUUCUAGAUUUAAGUUUAUUUCUAAAUAUUUAGGAAAUGAACGAAUAAGAAAUCGGGUCAUUUCUGGAUUUCAGGCAGCGGUUCAGCUUUACUCAGAAGUCGAAAUAUUAAAGCUUUCUGCUCGUUUGCUUCUUUUGGUUAAACAAAUGACUUAUUUAUUCUCUGACCUGUUCCUUAUUUCAGCUCUUCAGCAUCUCGUAUAUAAUAUAACACUUUAGUUUUUUUUUUGUUUUUUUUUAUAUAUAUAUAUAUAAAAACGGCAGAAAUCGUUCCUUCUGUAAAACGAAUACAGAUCGUAAACAUAUUUUAGAUACUUAUAAACUCUAUUAAAUACUGUAAAAAUUUAUGUAUCAUUUUCGUGUAUUCAUGUAUCCAAUGGAUCGAUCCAUUAAUAAAUGCAUGGACGUGUCACAGCAUGUUUGGGACAGAAAAAUGCAUCUUUCUUUUUUUCAGUUUCUCACACUUUUUUUUUUCUCUCUAUUUUUCUCUCUCACACACACACACACUUCUUUCUGUCUGUUUUGUCACACUUUCCCUGUACGACGUGUGCGUCACAGUCUCCAUGUUUCUGUUACUGUUGUGGCUCAUAUUGUUACACCACGUUAAAAAGGUUUAUACUUACUUUUCUUUCAUCUGGCAACGUGUGUGAGAUCCGUGUAUCGUGACUCGUGUAGCGGCACGGACGGUAUUUUACAUAAGUUUAUAUUGUAAUAAAAACCAAAACACACACACACACACACACCAGAAGUAAUAGGACAGUUACUGAAUCACACUACACACACUUUCGACUGAUUUAUUUUUUCGAUUGAAUUGAUGACCUGUAAUUUAUAUUUUUUGCUAAGUUUGUUUUAGUGAUUUUUGGGACAGAGGAAAUGUAAGUCAUGGAGGAAGUACAGAAUGUUACACACUCAGGUAACACAGAGGAAAUAAUAAUAGUAAUAAUGUACCGUAUUUAGACUGCGAUCAGAACACAGUCUCCGUUCUUUCUUUCUUUCUUUCUGUUCACCGCUCUAUAAAUGAUAAUAAAUAAAAAUCUGAAUGUAUGUGUGUUCUUAACCUUUAACUAUUUGCCUUUGACUUUGAGUUUGAAAAUAAAUGAGAGUUGUUGUUUUU